AUGGAAAUGACUACAAGAAUCGAUCAGACGACGAAGGUAGAGCAACCAAGUAAUGGUGCAAUAGAAGAACAGAGCGGAGGUAGUGGAGCUACCGACACGACAAAAGACUCAAAUGCGAUACCGUUAGAUGUUCUUCAAUCCAAAUCUCACGACACAAACGACAUUGACGCCGUUUCACUUAAAUCGACAGAUGGAGUACUUGAUAAACCGGAAUCCAGUUUGAACGAGGUGCCUCUAAGCGAACCUUCGAAACCUACUGAACAAGAUUUGAAUCCUGACUUGGCCAACUUUAUGCGAUAUUGCCAAGAAGGAUCGCUCGAACUGGCUAAAGAUUUGCUUGAAUCGGAGUCCAUAAAAGUGAAUGAUACGUUCAGUGAUGGUAUCAGCGGGCUUCAUUGGGCAUGUAUCAACAAUCGACUUGCCUUGGUGAAGUAUUUGGUUGAGAAUGGAGCGGACCCCAAUUUAUACGGAGGAGAAUUGAGGGCAACGCCACUUCAUUGGGCUUGCAGAAACGGGCUUGUUUACAUUGUUCAGUACUUGAUAUCGAACACUUCAGCGGAUCCAAGAUUGCGCGAUUUACAAACCUAUAAUGCUCUCCACUUGGCAGUUCACAGCUCGAAUAUUACGUUAGUGGUGUACCUAUUGUUGAGUUGUUGUGAUCAAAAUAGCAAGAAAAAGUUGUACAUAGAUGAACCAGACGGGUCAAAUCGAACGGCUCUCCACUGGGCAAGCUAUCAAAAUGACAUAUUCACAGUCAAUGCCUUGCUAAAAUUCGGCGCGGACGUAUCAAAAACUGAUGACAGUAUGUUCAUACCACUUCACUGGUGUUUUAUGCGUGGCCACAAGAACGUUAUGAAGGCGUUUGUGGAUAGAGGGUCGGACAUCUUUGUCAAAAACGAUCAGGGAAAAGACAGCUUCGAUAUAGCAAAGGAUAUGAAUUGCCUUCAUGUGUGGCGAAAAGUUUUGAUAGAGAAGGAUUUGGAUCCUAAAAACAACUGGGCUCCAAGAGUGAGAUGGAUCAGUGCGAAAGUUGGCAAGGUAUUGACGUAUCUUGCACCAUUCAUUCUUUUACCCAUUUCACUAAGUAUAUGCACUGCAUCCAAAGGCUUGGCAUUCCCCAAGUUGUUCUUGGCGUUUUCAGUUUUUGCCUUUGGAAUCUUUGUCGUCAAUAAGACCAUAAUACCAACUUAUUUGAUUGACGACAAACCGCUUCCAAAAUCACCCAUUUUGGCUGGUAUCUUUUCGGCUACAGCCUUUUGGUGUAUCAUCGUGUGGGUGUUCAAAGUACUUCCUGCCACUUUGUUUUCCAACUUCUUUUCCAAUGUGUUUAUGGUGUUGGUAAUUGCAGUAUUCGUUUGGUCUUUUUUCAAAGCUAUGUUUAUCAAUCCAGGGUUUGUACCGACCCCAACUGAUAAUGCGGUCAUUCUUUCCCAAGUUGAAGAUUUACUUAGUUGCGGCAAGUUUGAUACUGAUCACUUUUGUUUCAACACGUUUGUACGUAAACCACUUCGGUCGAGAUAUUCUAGGCACAAUAAAAAAUUGGUUGCCCGUUUUGAUCAUUAUUGUCCUUGGGUAUACAACGAGAUUGGAGUUAGAAAUCACAAAUUGUUCAUCACGUUUGUCUAUGCGCUCAAUUUAGCCAUUCUUUUGUUUACCCAUUUGACAAUUGAGUACUUUGAUAAACUGAAGGACGCGGUUGGCUCUGAUGAUGAAGAUAACCAAAGCUUUUUCUGUAAAUUGAUUGAUGAUGACUUGUGUUAUGGAUACAAGAAUCAUGACUUUCACUUCAACUUGAUGGUUUGGUGCUGGUUGCAGUACGUUUGGAUAGUAUUUCUUUGCUUGGUGCAGACUUUCCAAAUCUUGCGUGGGCUAACUACAUGGGAAUUUAGCUCAUUGAAUUCGAGAAUUUCGAGUCCUGCCAGACUGAACCAUUCUACAGUUCCAGAAGAGGUUGCCGAUUCAAUAACUCAGCCUCCUAGAUCAGACAGAAGAAACAAUGGAAUGCAAACAUGUUUGAACUUGCUUGGUAUUGAUCAGUUUGUUUUGACCAUAAAGAUGGCCAUUGCCUCUGUUUUUAACCGCGAUCGAACCACCAGCGUCGACCCUUUGUACAUUGAUAUCCCAACCGAUUACGGAUUGAAGCAGAAUUGGUUGGACUUUUGGGUCAUUGGAGAGACUAGCUGGAGAAACGUGUUUUACUUGCCUAUUGAAGGCGAAAAUAAUUUGAACGGCGAGGUCGUUGACUAUUACAAGCUUUACCAGUACCCACCAAAACUGUCAACUCAACUCGUAUAA